AUGAAGGCAGCUCGGCUAUUCUAUGCUAUUCUCUCGCUGGCUUCGGCCACGGGUGCUAUUUCUUUACACAAGAGACAGGAUGGACUAGAGCCUCGGGUAUUGGCUUUGGACUUGCAGAGAAGCACGAUACAUGAUCCUGUUGGCAACGAUAGGAAACGACUUGCGAGACGGAGCGGUUCUAUAAACGUGGGGAUCGACAACCUUCAAUCCCUCUACUUCUUCAACGCCUCUCUGGGCACUCCAGCUCAAGAUUUUCGCCUACACCUCGACACGGGGAGCAGUGACCUCUGGGUCAACGCCAACAACUCGACCCUCUGUUCAACACCCGCCGACGUCUGCAGCACAUCUGGGCUCUACAACGCCGCCAAGUCUUCUACUUACAAGUUCGUCUCGAGCGAAUUCAACAUCACCUAUGCCGACGGCUCAGGCGCUGCGGGAGACUAUGCUACCGAGACGUUUCGCGUGGGAAAGACCGAGCUAAAGGAGCUUCAGUUUGGUAUUGGGUAUGAGACCUCGUCGGAUCAAGGAGUGUUGGGCAUUGGAUAUUCUUCAAAUGAGGCUCAGGUUGCAGAGUUUGGAGGGAAGCCUUACGACAACCUGCCGGCCAAGAUGGCUGCUGACGGGCUGAUCGCCUCCAAUGCUUACAGCCUCUGGCUCAACGAUCUCGACUCUGCGUCGGGAACUAUUCUGUUUGGAGGCGUUGACCGCAAGCGGUUCACGGGAGACCUCAUCACGGUGCCUAUCCAAAAGUUUGGCGGCAGGUUCUCCCAGUUCUACAUCACCCUCACCGGCCUGAGCGUGGGUUCAGACACGGUCGACGACAACCUCGCCCUCGGCGUCAUCCUAGACUCUGGAUCGACACUCACGUACCUCCCCACCAGUCUCGCAGAGGCCGUUUUUGAGAUUGUGGGCGCCGACUACGAGCAGGGAGCCAGCACCGCGUACGUGCCCUGCGACCUGGCCAACGCCUCGGGCAACUUGACCUUUAGCUUCAGCUCUCCCGCAGAGAUCACGGUGCCGCUGAGUGAGCUCGUGCUUGACUUUACCGACGUCACGGGUCGGCGGUUGCGGUUUGACGAUGGGGAGCCGGCGUGCAUGUUUGGCAUCGCUCCCUCACCGGGCGGGACGAAUGUUCUGGGAGACACGUUCUUGAGGAGCGCAUACGUGGUGUUUGACCUCGGGAACAAUGAGGUUUCGCUGGCGCAGAGCAACUUUGACGCCGACGGGUCGGAUGUUGUUGAGAUUGGCUCAGGGGACGGGGCUGUGCCUGCGGCGACGGGUGCAGAUGAGCCUGUGUCGGCAGCUUCUGGGGUCUCCGCGAGCAGCGCUAAUGGAGCUGGAUCGCUUUCGCCUCUGGGUAAGGAUGGGCGUGUCUCUCUCUUUGUUGGGGCUUUGACUCUCGGGUUUGUCUGGUCUCUUGUCUAG